AUGGCUACAAGCUACAGUGAGCAGCUAGAGGCGUUUCGCCAGAGCGACGCUACACGAGACGCGCUGGUAGCCCAAGUAUUGACGGAAUACGAGGAACUCAAGGUCAAGAUCGAAGAGAUCACCGACGACUACAAGAAUGAGGUUGAAUCACGACGAAUGUGGCAGUCUAAGGCCAGCAAGUGUGAGGCGUCGUUGUCCGAAGCACUCGCGCAGCAAAAGCAGAGCUCGAGCAACUUUGCAGUAGUUCUCAUAGAUGGAGAUGGCGCUAUCUUCACUGACUAUCUUUACGGCAUGGGCAAGGACGGUGGUGCCGAAGCUGCUCAUCAGCUACACACGCAAGUUAAGAAACACCUAAAGACUAUCUAUCCCGACUCUAACGUGGAAGACUGGAAUGUCGUCGUCCAAGUGGUUCUCAACCUGACGGGGCUCGCCUCCAAGCUUAACUCAUGCGGCAUCAUCAUGAAUCCCAACGAACUCCUAGCAUUCGGUCGCUCGUUCGGCUUGGCCCAGCCUCUCUUCAGCGUCGUCGAUGUCGGUGGUGGCAAGGAGAGAGCGGAUCAUAAGCUGCGAGAGCAUCUUCGUCUGUACAUGCGCAUUGCGCAGUGCAAACACGUCUUCUUCGCGCCAUGCCAUGAUACGGGCUACCUCCCCGUGCUGGAGUCGUACCGUAGAGAGCAUGCAAGCCGAAUGACUUUAAUCGAGACUCGAGACGCUGAGCCGGGCUUUCUCGAAUUGGGAAUCGAGAGGAUCCGAAUGCCAGGCAUCUUUCGGUCUGACAAUCUACCAAAUGGACCGAUCAAGUCUACCCUGCCAACGAUCGGGCUGGACACAGCAACCAACUCGAUUCGAUUGCCUACAUCCAUCACGUCGCCUCAUCCUAAGCGAGUUCCACCACGCAUGCCGUCCAGUGUGCAAGCCAACUCUGCGACAUUCGUGCCGAAAGCGCCUUCGCCUGCACCAUCAACGGAGUCGAAUGGAUCUACGCUGGGGGCAUCGUGGGCCACUGUCGGUAAGAGUGGCAGCACUUCCAAGACAAUCAGCAUAGCGCCCAAGAAAGCCGUCGUUCGCAAACACGUGCUCGUCAACACCUACAACGAACGCAUUGACAUCGACCUGCCGCGCACCGAUCCUGGCGCCGAAGGCCGAUUCACCGAACGCACCAAAGCAUUUGGCAAGCACUGCAAUGCCCACCACUUGAUCGGCAAGUGUGAGAGAGGCGAGUAUUGCGACUAUGUGCACGGCGAGAGGGUCACGGGCGGCGAGAAGCUGGUUCUCAUGCACAAGGCGCGAUCGCUCAGUUGUCCGCAGAAGUUCCAGUGCAUGGAUCCUUCCUGCCCGUAUAGCCAUCACUGCAAGUUUGGCAAAAUGUGCUUUGUCGACCGUUGCUAUUUCGCCGAUACUCAUGAGAUGGACAUGGAGCCUGCGAAGAGGGUAUUCGAAGAUGGAACGGAGGAGUGGCUGCCCUCUUACCUUGAAAAAGCACGGUAA